UUCACAUCUGUUUGGCAGAAAUUAGCAGUGAAUUCCCCAAUUCUUGUGCAGAGAAAGAAGAAAUGAAAAGCCUCCUAAUUCUCUCAUUUUUGUUGCUUUCCUGUAUCAUCGCCCCAGCAAACACACAUGGAGGAAAGAAAAAAGAUUAGUGUCUCUGAGAUGAACUGGGGAAGAUUCCAGCAGAUCCAGAGGAUUCUCCAGUUCUAGCAUCUCCUACGCCUUCCUCCUCCUCUUCCCCCAUGAAGCCAGCUUUUCCCUUUGAUCCAGAGAUCCAAUUCAUUACAGUGCUAACAGAAGCACUGGGAUCACAGAAUCAGCACACUAGAACAAAGAAAGAUCAGCAAAGCUUAGAAACCAAAUUUCGACUCUAUACAGACAGAACUGAAGAAAGCUGUUUGAUUUUGUUUAAUCAGUUGGAGACUCUUGACCAAUGCAGUUUCAAUGCCUCUCUUCCUCUGGUGAUGAUAGUCCAUGGCUGGUCGGUAGAUGGGAUGUUAGAAGGCUGGAUUUGGAAAAUGGCAGCAGCUCUGAAGUCUCAGCACAAACAAAUCAAUGUGAUCAUUGCAGAUUGGCUUACACUUGCUCACCAGCACUAUCCCAUAGCUGUACAGAAUACACGCUACAUAGGACAGGAGAUAGCAGACUUCCUGGAAUGGUUGGAGGAAUCCAUUCAAUUUUCCAGAAGCAAUGUUCAUCUAAUUGGGUACAGCCUAGGAGCUCAUGUUUCAGGGUUUGCUGGCAGUUAUAUUAGCGGUACAAACAAGCUUGGAAGAAUUACAGGCCUUGACCCUGCUGGUCCCCUGUUUGAAGGAAUGUCACCAACAGACCGUUUAUCUCCAGAUGAUGCAAACUUCGUAGAUGCAAUUCAUACAUUCACUAAGCAGCACAUGGGUCUCAGUGUCGGCAUCAAACAGCCUGUGGCCCAUUUUGACUUUUAUCCGAACGGAGGCACCUUUCAGCCUGGCUGUCACAUCAUGCACAUGUAUAAUCACAUUGCACAGUAUGGAAUCACUGGCAUCGCGCAAACUGUGAAAUGUGCCCAUGAAAGGUCAGUUCAUCUGUUCAUCGACUCCCUGCUUCACCAGGACAAGCAAAGCACGGCCUACUGGUGCAACGACAUCAGCACCUUCGACCGAGGAAUGUGCCUCAGCUGUCGGAAGAACCGCUGCAACACCCUGGGCUACAACAUCCGAGAGCAAAGGCUUCCCAAAAGCAGACGUCUCUUUCUGAAGACGAGAGCGCAUAUGCCUUUCAAAGUCUAUCACUAUCAGUUCAAGAUCCAUUUCAUCAAUGAAAUCCAAGAAAAGCAGGUAGACCCAACUUUUACCAUCUCUCUGACGGGCACUAAACAGGAUGCCAAAAACCUGCCCAUCACACUAGUUGAAGGUAUUAAUGGGAAUAAAACUUACUCUUUUCUCAUCACACUGGACACUGAUAUUGGUGAACUAAUAAUGAUCAAGUUCAGAUGGGAAGGAACAGCAGUCUGGGAAAAUAUCUGGGACACAGUUCAAACUAUAAUUCCCUGGACAAAAGGCACCCGUCGACCAGGGCUUAUAGUGAAGACAAUACGAGUAAAAGCAGGUGAAACGCAGCAAAAAAUGACAUUUUGUUCUCAAAGCAUUGACAACAUUCACCUUCAUCCGGCCCAAGAGAAAACAUUUGUGAGAUGUGAAGAUCGCUUUCCAAAACAAAACAGAAAGUUUACAUGAGCAAGAACACAAAAAACUACUCAUCAAAAUACUAUACAUCUAGUAAAACAUUUAAAAAAUACAGAGCUGUUUUACACAAAUUAAAAUAUCCUGAGAGUUUCAGAGGUAAUGAAGAAAAUACAUAUAAAAUUUAGAUUUUGUGGUGCAACAGUAAACUGAUCAAAGUGAUCAGUUGGCAAUUUCAUCAAUAGCAAAUGUUAAUUCUAGAUUGUUUAAAGCUUUGAAAGAGCACCUGCUCAUUAGAAAUUGAAAUAUUAAUAUUUUAAAGAAUCAUUACUAUAAGUCUCUGAAAAUGUAUUUUAUUUUGUUGGAUUUAAGGGGAAAAGAGUCUUAUUUCCAGUUAAAUACUUUGAAACAUGAAUAGUGAAUAAUAUCAGUUAAACCUUUUCUAAUUUAUUUACUAAUGAAGGGGGAGUUAAAUAAUUUAUAGGAAAAAUAUUUCCAAAUAGAUAAUUAACAAAUAAUUCAAACUUUUACUUUAUAACCUUCAAGCUCUCGAAGUAGAAAAUAUCUAAGCUAGCCAUUAAAAUGAUAAGACAGGCAAAAUAACUGCAUCACCUAAAAAUGCUAAACUGUGUCCUAUUGGAAAGUGCUUUGCUGUUACAUGUUGAGAUCAACUAUUUUAAUUAAACUAAUAAUUACUUUAAUGAUGCUUAGUACACUACACACAAUUCUAGCACAAAUAAGUUCAGUAAACUUUCUUUAAAAAUCAUUUUUAUCUGUAUAUGUAAAGUCUGAGUUUUCAGAUCUUUAAAUCACUGUACAGUAGUUUUUAACAUGAUUUGAAAUUGCAUCAAUAAAUGGAAAAUGGUACAACCUUUGAACAUCUUCAGUACAUAUGUUUAAAUUUUUAAAAUUUACUUAUACAGACAUUGUUUCCUAUGUCAUAAUAGAAACUGCAUAAAGAAACAUUUCUGCAUUGUCUCAGAUUAUUUUUACUUUCUGGUUAUUACAUAUGGUAAUAAAAAGAAAUACAUGCAUAAAAAUAUUUUAUUCAUCACUUGAUAAUGCUAAGCACCACAAGAUUCAUUAAAAAUUAUGUUUCUACAGCUCUGUAUUCUGAAUGCAAUUUG